AUGCAGUUCCUCAGCACCGGAAAGCUAGUCGCCCUCCUGGGUGCUGUGGGGGCUCUACCCCUGGUGGCAUGCCAUGACCUUACUGCCCGUCAGGUCGAGGACAUUUCGACUGCACAGAACAACUGGGCAGCCGACACCGGCGUGGUGUCGACGUUCUUGUCGAACGCCGUCACAUUCAGCGGGGCGGAUCUCGUGGCUCAAGCUCAAAAUGCUCUUGAUCACGAAAACGACGAGCUCAAACACAAGGCCGCCCUCGAUGCUGUGUUCCUUAAUGUCGCCAACCCCAACUCCCUGGUCGUCCAGGCGAACAAUGUUCUUGUCAACCAAGGAACCUUCGAAAGCGUCGUGUCCAACCUGCAGAAUUUUGUGACGUUCGGCGCAGAUUUCGAUGCGGAAGAGAUUGCCGGUCUUGUCGGUGAUAUCAACAAUGUUCGAUGCGCUCAGGUUCUGCCGGCCAUUGACCAGUAUUUCCAAGCGGUCGGGGACGUCCUCCAGAACGGUAUCGAUGUGUUGGCUGUUCGACCCACCAACUGCCCCUCCGGCACCAAGAAGAGGAGCGAGCUUUGA